AUGAGCGCCGAUCUCUUGGACCUCGACAGCUUUUAUCAAAGCCCUCCGUCACAAAAAAACCAAACGGGGGGCCAGCAGGGCCAGUUACAGCCGCAACGCCCGCAGCAGGUUACGGCAUCGUCGACGGACCUCUUUGACUUUGCCUCCUUUACCAGCAAUAACGUCAGCAGCAGGCCCACGGCCGCUCCGGCUCCGGUUCAGCAAACCGUACCAUGGCCCAACUUUGAGCCGCAGCAGCCAAGUGGUGGUGGUGGCGGCAGCAGCAGCGGCGGUGGAUGGGGUGAUUUCGGCGCAUUCUCAUCGGGGUUCACCUCCUCGUCGACCGCGAAGCAGCAGCCGAAGCAGACUCUGCAGAUUGCUGAGGACGACGACGGCUGGGGUGAAUUCGAGGUUGCGGAACCUACGCCGACCCAGCGCUCAUUCGUGAUGCCCCCACAGACGAACAAGGCGAGGUCGUCACCGCCGCCUCGGAACCGCAUCGCGCGCGCCUCGACGUUUGAUCUUAUGACUAACAACCUCAUCAACGUUGUCGACAUGCCCUAUGGCUCGGGCCUGUCGCCCAUCCCCAGUCCCGGCCUUCCGUCACCGAACCAGCAACCCGCGGCCAGCUCAGGGCCAUCAUGGCAGCAGACAAACCGUCAACCCAGCCCCGGAUUGUCGUGGCAGGCUGCAGGCACCAAGCCUCCAGUCAGCCCAGGAUUCUCAUCCCAGACGCCCUCUGCAAAGCCGCAGCCGAGCCCUGGAUUCUCCAGUCAGAUGUAUGGGUCUCAGAAGAAGCCGAGCCCGGAGCCGGCUAAACAGUCGGAUCCCAACAUCCUCUUUGAUGCGGAGGAAUUCGAGCUUCAGGGGGGUAACGACGACGACGAUGAUGACGAAUUUGGGGAUUUCGAAACUGUUCAGACCCCCUUCCCAGGCGCGAACAUGAGCCCGACUCUAGACUCAAGGCCGCCGACUCAACGACAGCCGCCGCCGCAACCCACACAGCAGCAGCCGCCUUCCAUAGACCUCCUCUCUCUCUCCGACGAACCCUUUCCCGUUUCGCAGCCUCCGCCAAAGAAGCCUCAGCUUUCUUCCUUGAGCCUCAACGCACCCGCCUCACCGUAUCCUCAGGCGCCCAAGUCCCCCUCCUUCCAGGAACGCAACCCCUUUCCGGGACUUGGCCUCACCACGCCGACUUAUGGCGAUUUCAAGGAGGACAAGAAGGACAAGAAGCCUGAGUCGCCCACGCCCGUCACGGCCUGGCCGGCUUUCGGACAGACCUCGCCCACGAAGCCGUCCACUGCCGCCGUCGCCAAGAAGCCCACCGCUACCACUAACCUUCCGAAGACGCAGGAGGAGGAAAACUGGCCAGAUUUUGAAGACUUCCCCGACGACGAGCCCUCGGCGAUUGACUCGUCGAGACCCCCGGAGAGCUGGGACUGGGACGCAAUCGACGGUGUCAAGUCAUCAACCCCAGCUCCGGCUCCAAAAACCACCACAAACGACAAGAAACAAGCCCCUAAACCUAAGAAAGAAGCAUCACCAGCACCACUCUCAGAAAUUCCGGACGACGCCCCGCCACCCAUCAACAUUCCCCCUCCCUCCGUCAUCCUCUCCAUUUUCCCCCAGCUCCUCGACCUUGCAAACUCCUCACUCUUCAAGCCCACAUCCCAAAUGGCGGCCCCCAUCAGGAAACGUAUCCUCGAAGACCCGAGCACGGUGACCUUCCUCCGCGGCUACCUCCUCCUCGCUACUGUUGCCGCUCGCGUCAUCGCCGGUCGCAAGCUCCGCUGGCACCGCGACAAGUUUUUGUCUCAGGGCAUGGCCAUCUCCGCCGCAGGCGCAAAGGGCAUGAAACUUGCGGGCGUUGACAAGGCGCAGGCUGCGCGCGAGGAACGCGAGGCGACGGACGUGGUGGGCGUGUGGAGGGAGCACGUCGGCAGGCUGCGGUCCGCCGUCGCGGCGGCCAAUUCUGCCGGCGCCGCCGCCAAGAAUCCGCGGGACCAGCUCCGCGUGCCCGAACUCAACGAGACGAUUCCCGUCUCCACGGCCAAGGUCGUGCCCACGGCGCCCAAGCCGUGCGUGAUCUGCGGUCUGAAGCGGGAUGAGCGUGUGAGCAAGGUGGACUUUGAGGUCGAGGACAGCUUUGGGGAAUGGUGGGUUGAGCAUUGGGGCCACAGGGCCUGCAAGAACUUUUGGGUUGAGCACGAGAAGAAGUUGCGGCAGAGGUGA